ACUCUUUGGACAUCUGGAACCAGGUUUGGUCUUCACACAAAACCUAAGAUGCCUCCAUGUGACUUCAUACCUGAAAAGUACAAGACCCUUGCAUAUAAUCGUGUUCUGGAGAUCCACAAGCAAAAUCUCUCUCCAGUGUCAGCGGAGUACUUUCAGAAGCCCCUAUUGCUCCAUCAAGGACACAUGGAGUGGCUAUUUGAUGCUGAGGGAAACAGAUACCUCGAUUUCUUUUCAGGGAUUGUCACUGUCAGUGUUGGUCACUGCCACCCGAAGGUCAAUGCAGUAGCCCAAAAGCAACUUAGUCGUCUGUGGCACACAAGUUCUGUCUUCUUCCAUCCGCCAAUGCAUGAAUAUGCAGAGAAGCUCUCAGCAAUUCUUCCUGAGCCUCUUAAGGUCAUUUUCUUGACAAACAGCGGCUCAGAAGCCAAUGACCUGGCCAUGCUGAUGGCCAGAGCACACUCAAAUAGCACAGACAUCAUUUCAUUCAGAGGAGCCUACCAUGGAUGUAGUCCUUACACACUUGGUUUGACAAAUGUAGGACCCUUCAAGACGAGUAUCCCCAGUGGAAUGAAUUGCCAAGCAACCAUGUGCCCAGAUGUUUUCCGUGGCCCUUGGGGAGGAAGCCACUGUCGAGAUUCUCCGGUGCAGACGAUUAGGAAGUGCAGCUGUGCAGCAGACUGCUGCCAAGCUAAAGACCAGUAUAUUGAACAGUUCAAGGAAACUCUGAACACUACUGUGGCCAAGUCAAUUGCCGGAUUUUUUGCAGAGCCUAUUCAAGGGGUGAACGGAGUUGUUCAGUAUCCAAAGGGGUUUUUGAAAGAAGCCUUCCAGCUGGUGCGAGAGAGGGGAGGAGUGUGCAUUGCAGAUGAAGUGCAAACCGGAUUUGGAAGGUUGGGCUCUCAUUUCUGGGGCUUCCAAACCCACGAUGUCCUGCCUGACAUUGUCACCAUGGCUAAAGGGAUUGGGAAUGGCUUUCCCAUGGCAGCAGUUGUGACAACUCCAGAGAUUGCCAAGUCUCUAGCUAAGCACCUCUUUCACUUUAACACUUUUGGAGGGAACCCCAUGGCGUGUGCCAUUGGCUCAGCUGUGCUUGAGGUGAUUAAAGAAGAUAGUCUACAGGAAAACAGUCAAGAAGUCGGCACCUACAUGUUACUGAAGUUUGCUAACCUGCGGGAUGAAUUUGAAAUUGUUGGAGAUGUCCGAGGCAAAGGCCUCAUGAUAGGAAUAGAAAUGGUGAAGGACAAGGUGAGCCGUCAGCCUCUUCCUCGUGAAGAAGUAAAUCAAAUCCAUGAGAACUGCAAGGACAUGGGGCUCCUAAUUGGCAGAGGUGGCAUCUUUUCUCAGACGUUCCGCAUUGCACCCUCACUGUGCAUCACCAAACCAGAAGUUGAUUUUGCUGUGGAAGUAUUUCGUUCUGCCUUAAUUGAACACAUGGAGAGAAAAGCUAAGUAA